AAAGCAGCAAGACUGGCGGGCACGAGAGGAGGAGUUGCGGCAAGGUCGCGCAGCAUCACGGCGCAAUUUAGCCAAGGAAAGCUCGAUUCAUAGAGAUUAUCUGGGUCUGUAUAGUCCUUGCGAGAGCACACACCGGGCUGUGCGUUGGAUGUUUCACUGAGCGUGUUCAACUUGUCAGGAGUUGUUGACUGGACGUGCUGCUGUUCUCCAUUUGCAUCCGCAUGUGCGCGUCGCGCUGCGGGUUCAGAGAGAAGCGCGGCGCGUUAUUUUAGUCUUCCUGCAGCAUCAGUGACUACGCUCAGUCACAUCCAUUGGCUCGUUUGCACUUUUAUCGGACAGUAUCAGCUUUGGGAAGGGUUUUUUGACUCACCAUGUCGGCGUCACCUCCACCCUCUGUCUCCCCGGGCGAAUAUCUCUCUGCGCCCGAACCUGACGCGCUCAAACCUGCCGGUCCGACUCCGAGCCAGAGCCGCUUCCAGGUGGAUCUGGUGACAGAGUCCGCAGGGGACUGUGGAACCACUGUCGGCUACGACUCAUCCCCACCCGAGUACGUUGCCGAGCCGCCGCCCGACGGGCUCCGGGAUUCUGUGUCUGGCGGCGAGGAAGCCAAGGGCCGGUUUCGGGUUGUGAACUUUGCGGCCUCAAGUCCGGACGCCGCGCCGGCGGAAACCGCGCAGAACGGGGACACGGUGAUGAGCGAGGGCAGUUUGCACUCCUCCACCGGCGGCCAGCAGCACCAUCACUACGACACCCACACCAACACCUACUACCUCCGUACGUUCGGACACAACACCAUCGACGCCGUGCCCAAGAUCGACUUCUACCGGCAAACCGCCGCUCCGCUGGGCGAGAAACUCAUUAGACCCACCCUCUCAGAACUGCACGACGAGCUGGACAAGGAGCCAUUUGAGGAUGGGUUUGCUAACGGUGAGGAGUUGACCCCUGCCGAGGAGUCUGCAGCUAAAGAUGUAUCAGAGUCUAAAGGAGUGGUGAAGUUUGGAUGGAUCAAGGGUGUGCUGGUGCGCUGCAUGUUAAACAUAUGGGGUGUGAUGCUCUUCAUUCGAAUGACAUGGAUCGUGGGCCAGGCUGGAAUUGCAUAUUCCUGUAUAAUUGUUAUUAUGGCAACUGUUGUGACAACCAUCACGGGCUGCUCGACUUCUGCGAUUGCAACUAAUGGCUUUGUACGAGGAGGUGGAGCAUAUUACUUAAUAUCUCGAAGUCUGGGUCCAGAGUUUGGCGGCUCCAUUGGUCUAAUUUUUGCCUUUGCCAAUGCUGUUGCUGUAGCCAUGUAUGUUGUGGGUUUUGCCGAAACUGUUGUUGAGCUACUCAUGGAUUCUGGUCUAUUAAUGAUCGAUCAAACAAAUGACAUCAGAGUCAUUGGUACCAUUACAGUCAUUCUGCUUCUCGGCAUUUCAGUUGCUGGAAUGGAGUGGGAAGCCAAGGCCCAGAUAUUCCUAUUGGUCAUAUUGAUUACUGCCAUUUUCAACUACUUCAUUGGGUCCUUCAUUGCGGUUGACUUAAAGAAGAAAUUUGGCUUCUUUAGUUAUGAUGCUGGCAUCUUGGCGGAAAAUUUUGGUCCAGACUUUCGAGGACAGACGUUUUUCUCAGUUUUUUCCAUCUUCUUCCCAGCAGCCACAGGAAUUUUGGCUGGUGCCAACAUCUCGGGAGAUCUAGCAGACCCUCAAAUGGCCAUCCCAAAAGGAACACUUUUGGCUAUUCUCAUAACUGGCCUUGUGUACGUGGGUGUGGCCAUUUCUGCAGGUGCUUGCAUCGUGCGUGAUGCUACAGGAAUUGAAAGUAACUUUACUCUCAUUUCAAACUGUACUGAUGCAGCCUGUAAGUAUGGCUAUGACUUCAGUUCCUGCAGACCUACGGUUGAAGGAGAAGUAUCUUCUUGCAAGUUCGGUCUUCACAAUGAUUUCCAGGUUAUGAGCGUGGUGUCAGGCUUCAGUCCUCUCAUCAGUGCUGGGAUUUUCUCUGCCACACUCUCCUCUGCCCUGGCAUCUCUUGUCAGUGCCCCAAAAGUGUUUCAGGCUUUAUGCAAAGACAAUAUCUAUCCUGGAAUUGCAAUUUUUGGAAAGGGCUACGGCAAGAACAACGAGCCCCUGCGAGGAUAUUUUCUUACCUUUGGCAUUGCGUUAGCUUUCAUUCUAAUUGCGGAGUUGAACGUCAUCGCCCCGAUCAUUUCCAACUUUUUCCUGGCAUCAUACGCUCUCAUCAACUUCUCUGUGUUUCACGCUUCACUGGCCAAUUCCCCUGGAUGGAGGCCAAGCUUCAAGUACUACAACAUGUGGGUGUCUCUGGCCGGGGCAAUCCUAUGUUGUGUUGUCAUGUUUAUCAUCAAUUGGUGGGCAGCGCUUUUGACCAACGUCAUUGUCUUAUCCCUUUACAUCUACGUCAGCUACAAAAAACCAGAUGUGAAUUGGGGUUCGUCAACUCAAGCGCUGACGUAUCAUCAGGCCUUAACACACAGUUUACAGCUGUGCGGAGUAGCUGACCACAUUAAAACCUUCAGGCCACAGUGUCUGGUUAUGACUGGGGCUCCAAACUCACGUCCAGCUAUUCUUCAUCUGGUUCAUGCCUUCACCAAAAAUGUGGGGCUAAUGUUAUGUGGGCAUGUGCGCAUUCUGACGCAUAUGUUUCCUAUUGCAGCAUUAGCAGACUUUAACCCUCUUGUGUUUUUUUCAAAAUGUUAUCCAGAUGAGGAUGAUGAUGGCAAAGCCCACACUCAGCCGCUGUUGAAGAAAGAUAAAAAGAGCCCGACAGUUCCUCUAAAUGUAGCUGAUCAAAGGUUGUUGGAUGCCAGUCAACAGUUUCAGCAGAAACAGGGGAAGGGGACAGUGGAUGUUUGGUGGCUCUUUGAUGACGGGGGUCUGACUCUACUGAUCCCCUAUCUUAUCGCCAACAAGAAGAAAUGGAAGGACUGUAAGAUUCGUGUGUUCAUCGGUGGGAAGAUCAACAGAAUAGACCAUGAUCGCAGAGCCAUGGCCACAUUGCUCAGCAAGUUCAGGAUCGAUUUCUCUGACAUCACAGUCCUUGGCGACAUCAACACAAAGCCAAAGUCUGAGGGUUUGACAGAGUUUGCUCAAAUGAUCGAGCCAUAUAAACUGAGAGAAGAUGACAUGGAGCAGGAAGCUGCUGAGAAGCUGAAGAGCGAAGAACCCUGGAGGAUCACAGACAAUGAGCUGGAGCUCUACAAAGCCAAGGGUAACCGUCAGAUUAGACUGAAUGAGCUGUUGAAGGAGCACUCAAGCACAGCCAACCUCAUUGUCAUGAGUAUGCCGCUGGCCAGGAAAGGAGCCGUCUCCAGUGCCCUUUAUAUGGCCUGGCUAGACACACUAUCCAAAGACCUGCCGCCCAUCCUCUUAGUGCGCGGGAACCAUCAGAGCGUUCUCACGUUCUACUCCUAAAGAGCUCAGACACAACUGCCCCCACGAGCACACAUGUAACGAGUACAGCACCUCUGACUGAUAAUGAUGAUGAAGGUUUUAAAGAUGCUGAUAGACAUUUCUCAACAAAGCUGAAACAAAAGGAUGUUCCAGAGUGGUUCUUUUCUUCCACGCCUCAGACGUAAAACGGGAAAGAUCAUGGCUUGGUGGUUUCUAUAGUCUUCAGCUCAAAGGUUUUAGAGCACACAUUGUUACACUGAUUGUUAUCAUUAUUAUGACUGUCACAACUUUUUGAGUUGUGGAUAUAUUUUUUUUCUCUUUCUUUUAAAUUUGCUCUUUAUGAAGCAAUAAUCACCUCAUUUCUUAUUUUCUCAAUUUGAAGAAAAGCGUAAUUCUUUGCAACACUUUUUAUAGCCUUGUGGAUGUGCCUUCCUGUGCAAUCAGAUUAAAAUCUUAAACUUUCCCUGACUGAUGAUUUAUAAAGAACUAGAUUUAGGCUGCUUGUUUUUAUUGGGUUUUAAAUGUAAAUCGAUCUUGAUUUGAUCACAUUUUAACGCAAGUGGACCAAGGUUCCGCUGCACCGUCUUUGACGAUACUCUUUCGCUUUUUUGUAGAGUUUUACGUCUUCCUUUUAGCAUUAAAUGAGUUGGAGUUUUAGUGCAGUGCCCCCUCCAUGUUGUUGCUGUUGCGAUGGUCAACCUGAACUACGAGGUGAUUACAAUCAUCUUUCAAGUAGUCUAAUGUAAAAAGUCAGAUCUUUAACAAAACUAUAUUAGUUUUUCUUUGUGUGCAGUUAAACGGUUUUUGGUUUGACGAUGAAAAAAGCGGCUGAUGUGUGCUGUCUGAAGGAAGAGGCAUCAGGUCAUUUCAAAAUAACAAUAAGCCAAAUAAGAGCAAAGCCCUGGAAUCACAAAUCCUGCUACAGAGGAGAUCUUUGCCUUAACAGAUGAUAAUAGUAAUUGUUGUUUUUACUGUUUUCAAGCCAUACUGGCUAGUUUAUUGACUAGUAUGCGAAUGCAGAUCAGAAGAGGGAGAUUGAGAGAUAGAAAAUAGAUGGACGGAUGACUGAGCUAGAAUGUAAUUUUGAACACCACCCCAUUAGUCUCCAAAAAGCUCAUCUUUUUUUUUUGACAUCUAAAGGAGUCUGGAAUUAAAUUCUAUUAAAAACUCUUGUUUUCAGUUUAAAUGCCACAUUUCAACUUUACAUUGACGGUUAUACCGUUACAGUAACCAACCAAAGCUGGUCUUCCCUCACUUUCAUAGUGUUUUUUGGUCAGUGCAUUUCUGCAGUUAAAGGCCUUAAUGGAGAUGAAGUGUUAUUUGAAGCUGUAAGAAUGUUUUCAGCGUUGAAUAAAACUGAUUUGUUCUUCUAUGCAGAUGGACUGCGUGCGACUCUUUGAAAUCGUGUAAUCUAAACUCAGGAUUGAGUGCCGGGUUCAUCUUAAACGUCGGAGAUUCUGUCAGUUGUUUUUGUUUUUUUCAGAUAUCUGGACAGCCAUUGAGAAAACUGAUCCGUAUUUCAGUUUCUCCUGUUCCUGAAUGUUUGUCCAAUCGAUUCUUGUGAAUGAAUGCUGGGAUGUGACCAAAUGUUUGUCGAAUGGCCCAUCAUGCCUUAGUUUAAAGUGGUUACUAACUGAAGUGUUGGUCGGUUAGCAACAUGGGUAACUGUUUGCGCAUCCACCACAUUAGCUCUUUUGCGUUUGUCACUCUUUGGUUUCCAACACUACUUUCGUUUCCAGGCUCAGUGUGUGUUGUGCUGUUGCAGGUUCUCUGUGCGUCGGAUUCACAAGCCCUGCCGUUUGUCCAAUUGAGAAAUGUGACAGUUAGAAUGAAUAUAUUCAUAUUUAUAGUUCUCAGUAUAAACUAGUAUUUAAAAGUACUUAAAUGUGUGUGCGCCGCAUGUGUUUUGGUUUGAAGUGGGUGAAGUUAGUGAAGCUGACGGUACAAUCUUACUCGUUGAAAAUCUGUUCUGUGUUUGUACGUUGGUGUGGCUGUACAGCACUCAUUCACCCAAAUCACCAGUUCAACUAAUACCCGUCAUCUUGAUUUGGUAAAGACGCUUGUGUGUAUAUAUAAUGUUUAGAGAUUGUUGGGAGAAAGUGUCACAAUCAUAUAUUGCGUGUUUCUCACUGAUGUAGAAAUGCAUCUAGUUGCAGCUGUAGGUUUCCAUAACAUGAGGUGCUUUAAAAGUGCCUCUUAAAGGUUCCACUGGUGUUUCCUCUAGACGACCACUUGUUUUUCUUUUUUUCUUACUUUACCCUUGGCAUGUGAUAGCAUUUUUCACCUUGCAGAGUGUGUUGCCAAAGUCUCAUUUGCAUAUUGCUACAUGUGAAAAAUGAGUUAACACAUCAAGGUCAAGAAGUUCCAGAUAAAGUAGUUCACACUAUACUUCCUUACUAACUUGUGUAUAUAUAUUUUAACCUAACCGGAUUAAUCAAAGGAGUGGAUUAAUGCAAAUUAAAAUGGUGAAAAAUAUUUAUUUAAUUAUAUAUUCUUUGUUUCUCUCUUUUCCAACCCCUCUUAUGUUACAGUAGUUUCAAAAUGUGAACUUUAUUAUUAUUAAUUGUUUGUUUGGAUUUAGUCAGCAAAAUCUCAUCUUUGGUCUCUUUCUCAAUGUUUGGUCACAUUUCUAUCUUUUAUAUGCCUUUUAAUGAAACACUCUGUUGACCAGUGGUUUGAGUUUUCUGCUAAACCAUGAGGGUAGAUCUGAUCGAUUGCGCUGGAACUGUAAUGUUUUGAUAUACUGUACUGUUAUUGUCACAUAUAUGCUUUUUUCUAACAUUUUAACGGUUAAGGGUAUCGAUGCUUUGUACAUCCUUAUUGCAAUAUAUAAAAAUAAACUGAAAAGAAAAUCA